ACGGGGCCGGGCCAGCCCUCAAACUGGGAGGAGCCGGGGAAACUAUUUAAAGAUUAAUGAUUUAAAGCGCGGAGUUACCUGUUGGAAUGGCAGCAGCAGCAGGGGGGAACUACCCUCCGUUUGCGCUGGGAAAGCCACGCUUCGAUCAGUCUACUUUUUAUGGACGGUUCCGACAUUUUCUGGAUAUCAUUGAUCCCCGGACCCUGUUUGUCACUGAGAGUCAUCUCAAAGCAGCAGUGCAGCUUCUAAAAGAUUAUAAACAUGGUGCUUUACCCACAGGGGUCUCCAACCAGCAGCUUUGGGAGGCACAGAAGAUUCAACAGGCUGUUUUGCAUCCAGACACCAACGAGAAGAUUUUGAUGCCAUUCAGGAUGUCGGGUUAUAUUCCUUUUGGGACCCCAAUUGUGGUAGGCCUUCUCCUCCCUCAGCAGACAUUGGCAACUACUGUUUUCUGGCAGUGGUUGAACCAAAGUCACAAUGCCUGUGUGAACUAUGCAAACAGAAACGCAACGAAGCCAACUCCACUAUCUAAGUUCAUCUUGGGUUACCUUGGAGCAGUCACCAGCGCAGUCUCAAUAGCAGUCGGCCUAAACGUUUUCAUCAAGAAAGCCAACAGGUUUAACCCUGCCACCCGUUCAUUGAUCCAACGGUUUGUGCCAUUCCCUGCUGUAGCAACUGCAAAUGUCUGCAAUGUGGUGCUGAUGAGACACAGCGAGCUGGAGGAAGGGAUUUCUGUGUUGGACGUGGAUGGAAAUGUCAUUGGAUCCUCCAGGGUCGCUGCCAAACAUGCACUGAUGGAGACUGCCAUGACUAGAAUAGUCCUCCCUAUCCCGAUCCUGGUGCUGCCCCCGGUUAUUAUGUCACUGUUGGAGAAAACAUGGAUACUUAAAGCACGUCCAAGGCUGACUCUUCCUUUGCAUAGCCUCGUAUGCCUGGCAGCAUUUGGAUUAGCGCUGCCUAUCGCCAUCAGCCUCUUCCCACAGAUGUCAGAGAUUGAAACUUCGAAACUGGAGCCAGAGAUCAAGAUAGCGACUUCUGACAAGAGUGUCUUUUAUAAUAAGGGGCUGUAAGGAUCAUUCAAUAUUUGAAGAGAAAAUCUGGUUAAUCAUGAUCGAUGAUUGGUGACAAUUAGGAAAUAUUCACAAAAAGAGAUGUUUCUUACCUUAUUCAACUAAAUUUCUGGUGUCUGAAAAUCAAGGACAAACAAUAAACUGCAUUGCCAGCAAGUUACUGACAAAGUCUCACACCAGUGUGCAAUUUGAAAUGAAAUAAUACUUCUGUUGACUCAGGGUAUGAAUGUGUCAUCCAGUGUGGUACUAAGCUAUGCACCAAGGCCCACUGCACCCUGUGCUGAUACUGAGUGGUCCAGCGCAGCUCAUAAUAGAAGUUGAAGUAGGCAAUUUCGAGGUUGCCCUGUCUUCAAUGAGUUUAUGAUUGUUCUACUUCAAUUCUGCUUCCCACACUAUCCUCAAGUCCCUUAAUUCCUUUAGUACCCGAAAAUCUAUCAAGCUGAGAGGUUCAUCCCUCCUCACAUUGGAAGAGUUAUCCAUUUUGACACAUUUCUCUUUCUCCAAACCAUUACAAAAGAUGAAUUGACAUAUCUCUAUUGGUGUCAAUCCAGCUUCCUGAUACUGUCACUCAACACCCCUCCAGCUAAAACCCAUAAAAGCCUCACGUUGAUAAGACUAGCCAACGUCUCAGCUGAUAUAAUGCAAAUCCUUCUCCGACUUCACUCCGGUCUCCAGGCGAAGAGUCUGAAGAUACAAAAACACCAGUCUACUCCUAAAAAGUGAAUAACUGGAAUUGUUGGACAGUAGCACAGAGUGCAAUGACCUCUCAACCUUGAAGAAAUGAAAACAACCUCCUGAGCCAUAAAGUUACCUGUGAGCUCCUUGAUUUCGGGCUCAGUAACAGCAGAUGAUGCAGUAGCACAAAAUGACUUUUCUAAAAUCAAACUGAAUACAGAUUAACAUUGUUAAUGAAUAAUAAUGAUGAGAAUGUCUUAAAGAGUAAGAAGUGUAAUUGUCUUCCGCAAUCUCUAAACAUUAUUUCACGUGCACUUACUUAUGUAGCUGCUUUUAUGUUGGGAGUGGUGUGGAGAUCAGGCAUCCCAGCGCAGGGCCUUAAAACACCAGACAGUAAGCCCAAGAUAGAGGAUGGAUUGGCCAAGGUCAGUGGUCAAGCAGAUUCCACACACACAGAGAGGCAGCCUACAGCCUGACACCACGCUUACCACAGAAUGGCCAAUUUGGUGCAAUGUGGAAUCAGUGACUUAUCAGAAUUGAUUCACUGUAUAAAUUUAAAUGAGAAUGUUUAAAUAAUAAAAUAAUCACUGAAGCAAA